CUGCGGGGCCCGCGUGACCCCCGAUCCGCGGGGCUGAGAGUCCGUGGCCCCGGGGCCCGAGGUUUCCCGGCACGGGCGCGCCGAGGGGCGGGGGGCCGGCGCCUGUGUCCGCUCCGUGCACAGUAAGGGACAGAGGGUGGCAGCGCCCCUCCGCCCCGGCCCGCCCCGCCGUCCUCGCGCCACUGCCGGGCAGCGGCCUCCGGCCCCCGUGCGUGACCCCUGCCUAUCUCAGAAAUACGGGUGCAAACCCGAGUGGCCGCGGGGCCCAGCGGGAAUCCCGACGCCCCGGCCAGACCCCUGCUUCCCACGUCGCUGGUCUAUGCGGAAGAUCCCGGCGGCGGUGCUCAUGCCUGGCUCAGUGGAUGCCGGCUGGUGGAAGGGGUGGCCUUCUGUAGGGGUGACACUAGAACUGAGUCUUUGGGGAGGAGGAAGCCUUCAGUAGGUGGAGAAUAGGGAGUAUGGUAUCCAACUGGCGGGGAACAGAAAGGGCCAAAGCACAGAGACAGAAAGGGACGAACAUGCACCUCUGGGCUGGGCUUCCUUCCUUUGGGGGGCACCUGCCCACCCAGUAAACCCCCGCUCAGUAGGUUGCAGGGGGAAAAGUUAGGAGCACAGACAUGGCUUCCGGAAACAGCAGCCGUAGCUUUGUUUCUAAACCCAAAGCAGUGAGACUGCUGAGCAUUUCAGACCUCAUGAAGAUGGGAUGGAGGCUGGCUGCUGGGAAAGAUAUUUUUGGACAGGAGGAAUGUAGAGAUGGCUCUUUCCCUCCUAGUGGAGGAAUGACAGGUGACAAAGGUGACCUGGUGUGGGAUUGUUCUGAGAAGGUCUGGGAGGGGGUGGCUGAAGUAUAAUAAGGACAUCAACAAGGAAGGGGGCUUCGGAAAAGGAAGGUGGAGAGGAACAACUGCGGCGUCUCUGCUUGAAUCCGUCCCCCACCCUUGCAGUUCUCAGGGUCUCCCAAUGUCAUUCUGGAGGCCCUGGGUCAGUGUUUGGUGGUGGCAGAUGCUACAGAGGACUCUUUGCAACAGGCCUCUGAAUGGCAGUGGAGUGAUGGCAGAUGACAACUCAGUGAACAAAGAAGUGGCCUCGGGCGUUGGUAGAUUUAGGGAAUCUCAACGUUGGUGCCAUGGCCUCUAAAUAGCCACUGCAGUGUCUUCUUACUGCUCCUAAAAUAAUAAUGAUUUUUUAGGCCAGGCAUGGUGGCUUAUGCCUGUAAUCUCAGCACUUGGGAGGCUGAGGCGUGUGAUCACCUGAGUUCGGGAGUUUGAGACCAGCCUGGCCAACAUGGUGAAACUCAGUCUCUACUAAAAGUACAAAAUUAGUCAGGUGUGGUGGCAGAUGCCUGUAAUCCCAGCUACUUGGGAAGCUGAGGCAGGAGACUCACUUGAACCCAGGAACUGGAGGUUGCAGUGAGCUGAGAUUUCACCACCUUACUCCAGCCUGGGUGACAGAGCGAGACUCUGUCUCAAUUAAUCAAUCAAUUUUUAAAAGAAAGUGGUUUGAGAUGUAUUUAGGAGCUUUCCAUGUUAAUGUACCGAAGGAACGAAGGAACUCUUUCUCCCUGUAACAUACAUCCAUGAACAGCGCGGAAGGCACUUAGGGAAGUGUGGCCUAUAGAGGAAGCCUGGCCUCUGCUCUCUUAGGACCUGAAACUUUCUGGUACUUUGGGUAUUUGGAUAUUGUCCUUGGCCAUAGAAAAUCCUGGGGACCCUGUGAAGUAUUUAUGUCUGGUCUUUGGAGUGUGGUAUUGGGGUGGCUGCUUUAGAGGGUAAGGUUUAUUCUAUUUAUUUAUUUUUUUUUUUGAGAUGGAGUCUCGUUCUGUUGCCCAAGUUGGAGUGUAGUGGCACAGUCCCGGCUCACUGCAAACUUCGCCUCCCAGGUUCAAGUGAUUCUCCCUGCCUCAGCCUCCCAAAGUGCUGGGAUUACAGGCGUGCGCCACCAUGCCCAGCUAAUUUUUGUAUUAGUAGAGACGGGGUUUUGCCAUGUUGGCCAGGCUGGUCUUGAACUCCUGACCUCAGGUGAUCCGCCUGCCCUGGCUUCCCAAAGUGUUGGGAUUACAGGCGUGAGCCACUGCGUCUGGCCUAGGGUAAGGUUUAUUCUUAGGAGUAAUCAUUGGUACGUGUGUCCAUGUGGAAGCCAAGCCCUGGUUGCUAAUACAGGUAAAACCUUAGGAUUAUCACAGGGCACUUCCUUGCUUUAUACAAUGUUUCUAUAGUUAAUAUUAAACAACAUAAGGCAGAGAAUAUCUCUCUGUGUUUAGAUGAAACUGGUCCAUUUGCUUCUAAGUGUUCUUACCUAUUUAUGUUUUUAUUUAUAAAUGUACGACUCCCUCUUUGCUUAGCAUCAGAGAUGGUGAAGAAGAGACAGUCUUUCGAGAGGUGGUCAGUUUUUCCCCGGACCCCCUGCCAGAUAUUAUGACAAGGACACCACCAAACCUAUCAGCUUUUACUUGUCUUCGCUGGAGGAGCUCUUGGCGUGGAAGCCCCGCUUGGAGGAUGGCUUUAAUGUGGCCCUGGAGCCCCUGGCGUGUCGCCAGCCCCCUCUGAGCAGCCAGAGGCCCCGGACUUUGUUGUGUCAUGACAUGAUGGGCGGGUACCUGGACGACAGGUUCAUUCAGGGCUCGGUGGUGCAGACUCCCUAUGCUUUCUACCACUGGCAGUGCAUCGACGUCUUUGUGUACUUCAGCCACCACACCGUCACCAUCCCCCCGGUGGGCUGGACCAACACUGCCCACAGGCAUGGGGUCUGCGUGCUGGGGACUUUCAUCACGGAGUGGAAUGAAGGGGGAAGGCUCUGUGAAGCCUUCCUGGCCGGGGAUGAGCGCUCGUACCAGGCAGUGGCUGACCGGCUGGUCCAGAUCACUCAGUUUUUUCGUUUUGAUGGCUGGCUGAUCAACAUCGAGAACUCUCUGAGUCUGGCCGCUGUGGGGAACAUGCCUCCUUUCCUGCGGUACCUCACCACACAGCUGCACCGGCAGGUCCCAGGGGGCCUGGUGCUCUGGUAUGACAGUGUGGUGCAAAGUGGGCAGCUCAAAUGGCAAGACGAACUCAACCAGCACAACAGGGUCUUCUUUGAUUCCUGUGACGGCUUCUUCACUAACUAUAACUGGCGGGAGGAGCACUUGGAGCGGAUGCUGGGGCAGGCUGGGGAGCGCCGGGCUGAUGUGUACGUGGGCGUGGAUGUGUUUGCUCGGGGGAACGUGGUCGGAGGCCGAUUCGACACAGACAAGUCGUUGGAGCUGAUCCGAAAGCAUGGCUUCUCCGUGGCUUUGUUUGCCCCCGGCUGGGUGUAUGAGUGUCUGGAGAAGAAGGAUUUCUUCCAGAACCAGGACAAGUUCUGGGGCCGGCUGGAGCGUUAUCUGCCCACACAUAGCAUCUGCUCCUUGCCUUUCGUCACGUCCUUCUGCCUGGGCAUGGGUGCACGGAGGGUCUGCUAUGGCCAGGAAGAGGCGGUGGGGCCCUGGUACCACCUGAGCGCCCAGGAGAUCCAGCCCUUGUUUGGAGAACACAGGCUGGGAGGGGAUGGCCGGGGCUGGGUGAGGACGCACUGCUGCCUGGAGGAUGCCUGGCAUGGAGGCAGCUCCCUGCUCGUCCGGGGUGUGAUCCCACCGGAGGUUGGAAAUGUGGCUGUGAGGUUAUUUUCCCUGCAGGCCCCAGUGCCACCCAAGAUUUACCUGUCCAUGGUGUAUAAGCUUGAGGGGCCCACGGACGUCACAGUUGCUUUGGAGCUGACCACAGGGGAUGCCGGCAGCUGCCACAUCGGUGGCAUCUCAGUGUUGAACGCAGAAACAAGCUCAAGACACAGCCUCCGACCCCUCCGGGUGCCCCCCACCAAGCUGGCCAGAUGGGUGGGCCGCUGCGGCCGGCAGCUGAGUGGGGGCUGGGUCCAGCACUGCUACGAGGUGAGCCUGCGUGGGUGCCUGCUGCUAGACCUCCUCGUUUGCUUCUCACGGCCGCCGGGUAGUCGGGAGGAGGAGAGUUUCACCUGUCGGCUUGGAGAGAUCCAGGUGAUGCUUCCCAGAGGGGCUCGGGCUGGGCUGGCUGUUUGUCCAGCUGGAGUGGGGGUGGAGGCCGCCCCAGGCCGCCCCCUUCUUGGGUUCAGCGGGGAACUGGGGUGGAGGAGUCAGGGAGGGGAAAUGUGUGCGUGGGGGCACCCUCUCCCCGCCCCCGGGCGUCCAGCCGUGCUGAGCCUUCUCUCCUGCCAGGUGGUGGACGCUGCCAGCCUGCUGGCCCCUCUGCCCCAGGUGCAGGCCGUCACCAUCUCUCACAUCCGCUGGCAGCCAUCCGCUUCUGAGCGGGAGGGGCCCCCUGCUCUGCUCCAGCUCAGCUGCACCCUGCACUGGUCCUUCCUCCUCUCACAAGUCCGUUGCUUCCGAAUCCACUGCUGGGGAGGGAUGAGUGAUGACUCUCCGGGCAGGGAGCUGCCGAGGCCAGAGAUGCCCAUGUUCCUGGGGUUGGCUUUUGCCACCCAGUACCGGAUAGUGGACCUGCUGGUGGAAGCCGCCGGGCCCGGCCAGGAUCGUCGCAUGGAAUUUCUGGUGGAGCCUGUCCCCAAGGAAGGGUUCCGGGUACCUCAGGCCGAGUGGGGCAGGGCAGUUCUGCUUUAUUCAGCCCCCGCAUGAGUGGAUGCUAAGGCCGGGUGGUCUCCUGGCCUCGGGCUGAGGCCUCUUCCCGGCUGUCUGCCCCUGGCCUGCGCUGGACCUGCUAAGUGCCCACAGUGGCAGCGAGGUCCCGGUCCCGGGGCUGGGGUGGGAGACCCCGGGCUGAGUGCUGUGGCUUUCUGGUGGGGGGCGAUGGAAACAGGAAACCAAGCAGUGGGAUCGCAGCGUUGGUCACUGCGAGGCGAGUGGCGGGCUUUCUGUUUCUGCCUUGUCCCUCCCCACGGUACCUGGUUCCCAGGUGAAAAUGAAAGGAGGGGAGAAGUUGAGAACAGAAAAUUCCAUAAAGGAUAUUUCCUAAUAGGCUGCAAGAUGCUGAUGCUGAGAAUGAUGAUUUUCUUUCCUGCAGAUGAAACUAUUAGAAAGGGUCUUAGAUCGUGGCAGGUUGGCUUUGGAGCAGGUGCCGAGACAUUUCUGAGCAUGAGGACGAGCUACAGCAGCUCCUGGGGUGGGGCUGCCUGCGGGAUGGCGGGAGAGGAUGCCCUGGAGAACCGUCCUCCCAGUGUGGAAGGCCCUUUUCCCUGAGGAGUGGGCAUUCUGGGCCAGCCGGCGCUGGCUUCGUGCCUCCACGUGGGCCAGCCCCAGCUGCUCCGUGUUUCCUGGCGUUGGCAAUUUACUGUGCUGCUGAGUGUGAGGUCAUCUCCGGAGCGUUUUCAGCAGCCCCUGGCUCUGCUGCGUCUCUUCCGGGCUGUGGGCAUGCAGGGAAGUGGCUCUGAGGCAGUCUGCGCUGUGGCCCUGCCUCUGCCCAGCGAGAGGCCGUGGGCUCUGGACAAGCUGCCCUUCAGGCUGGGGUAGCAGGUCAGUCCAGGCAGGAAGCAGCACCUGCCCCCCGCGCCAGCCCAGCCCCAGCCUGAGUGCAGGAGCUGCAGGACCUGCAGGGGCUUUUCCAGCUACUCUGUUCCUUCACGUCCUCCCUUCUCAGCCUCGUCCAAGCACUGGGAAGACCUCCAGGCUUACCCCUUGAGCAGCAGUCAGCACAGGUGCGUGGGGGCGUGAGGGAGGCAGGGUCUUCACCACAGGCGCCUUCCUCUGUCCUUCCUGCUCUUUCUUCUCUGCCCAGGCCUCUGCAGCUGCACAGCCUCUGCUACACCUGGGCUGCCUGGGAGGCUUCCUGGUGUGGUGUCUGGACCCCACGGCCUUGGGUCAUCCUGCGGCUUGUCUGGGGUGGGGUCUGUUGUGGUCCUUCCACGGUGUCAGUGGCCUGAAGUCCCUCGCUUUUGGGGGGGGGUCUCUCACCCCCAGGCCACAUAGGGCCAGUGGUAGGGGUUCCCUCUAUGUCGGGCAGUGCUGAGGGCUGGGAUGCUCUGUGACCCCAGCUGGAGCCCACACCUAAGGGCUGGCAUCCACAUCAUUUCACCCUGCAGUGAGGGAAGAGGCCACCAGGUGGCAGCACAGCCACACCCGUUCCCACGUCAGAGGCGGGCAAGGCUGGGUGCUCAGCAGCCACUCUGAGCCGGGGCUCCUUCCAGGAGCUGAAAUCCACCUGUCUCCAUCUUCCUUGCCUGCCUGGGUACUCAUGCCAAGCAGAGACUGGGAUUAGGGGUUCUGUGCUCUUGCCUAAUUAGGAACAUUCUUCCAUGUCUCUUGUGUGGUCCCAGAAGGAGAAGUGAGUUUGCCAAGGAUAUGGGGCAGGAGGCUCCCUCUGCUGACCCCCUGCAGCCUGGAGCUAGCCCGGGGACUGUCCUGGGUGGAGGGCAGGUGAACACAAGCUGCUGCCGGGGACUGUCCUGGGUGGACGGCAGGUGAACACAAGCGGCUGCCGCAUGCAGCCACUCACUCGACUUUUUUUCAGCUGUGACCAUUCCCGGGAGCUCUUUGAGCCUUUCUGUCUCAUUUGGAACCAGGGGGAACCAGGAAGGGGCUCCUGGCCUCUCUGCAGCGGGGGUUGUGGGGGGCGCAGCAUCCACGCCUUGCUGCCCUUCUUUCAUGAAGUCUGUUUUUAAAGUGCUGGUUCCCCCGAAUAUUUUAUGCAGAGGAGGGAAAAUUUAUAGUGGCAAUUAUUUUCUCACAGUCUGGUGAGCAGGCAAUUAGGAGUAAGGGGGCCUAGUAGAGCGUGGCGUGUGGCAGAAUUGCACCGCCCCGGCUCCCCAGCCCCACCGCCAUGCAGGGCUCGCGUGCGGGAAAACUAAUAUGCCGGCGUUUAAGCCUGUGCCCCUCUGCUGGGUGUAACUGCUCUGAAAUAAAUGAUCUGACAUUGUGAAA